GACACCACAUACAUUCUAGUUAGUUUUGCAACAAGCUCAGGUGGCCAUCUAUCGGUCCGUACGUGGUCUUCUAGCUAGUGCCAUGGUAGCCACCGCUCUCUGCUCACUGCCCUGUCUCCUCCUGGCCGUCGCUGUCCUGCUCGCUUCCCGUGGCAACAAUGGUGCAGCGGCGUUGGACGCCCAGGCCGCGUACCUGUCUCGUUUGAAGCAGGAUUUCGCAGGGCCGGCCAUGGCGCGCUGGGACUUCUCUCCGGCGCCGGUGGUCGACUACUGCAGGUUCCAGGGCGUGGUCUGCGACGGCGCAGGUGGCGGCAACGUCACGGGCAUCGACCUCACCUCGUGGCGCCUCACCGGCAGGAUCCCUCCCGGCAUCUGCGCGGCACUGCCGGCGCUCCGGGAGCUCCAGCUCGGCUUCAACGACAUCCGCGGCGGGUUUCCCGCGAGCCUCCUCAACUGCUCGUCCCUCGAGACGCUCAACCUCAGCUACUCCGGCGUGUCGGGCGCCGUGCCGGACCUGUCCCCGAUGCGCGCGCUCCGGGAGCUCGACAUGUCGAACAACCUCUUCACCGGCGCGUUCCCGGUGGCGUCGCUCGUUAACAUGACCUCUCUCGAGGUUGUAAACUUCAACGAGAACCCCGGCUUCGACGUGUGGCGGCCGCCGGAGGCGCUCACGCGGCUGCGGCGCCUCCGCGUGCUGAUCCUGUCAACGACCUCCAUGCGCGGCGGCGUGCCAGCGUGGCUCGGCAACAUGACGACGCUCACCGACCUUGAGCUCAGCGGCAACUUCCUCACCGGCCGCAUCCCGCCGUCGCUCGGCCGCCUCGCCAACCUCGAGUUCCUAGAGCUCUACUACAACGAGCUCUCAGGCGCCAUUCCAGACGAGCUCGGCAACCUCACGCGACUCGCAGAUGUCGACUUGUCGGAGAAUCGGCUCUCGGGUGCCAUCCCGGACUCGCUCUGCGCGCUGCCCAGGCUCCGCGUGCUGCAGGUGUACACCAACUUCCUCGCCGGACCCAUCCCGGCGGUGCUGGGCAACUCCACGCAGCUCGAGAUCCUGUCCGUGUACAAGAACCAGCUCACCGGCGAGCUCCCCGCAAACCUUGGCCGCUACUCCGAUUUCAACGUGCUCGAGGUCUCCGAGAACCUGCUCACGGGCCCGCUGCCGCCGCACGCCUGCGCCAACGGCAACCUCCAGUACAUCCUCGUCCUCAGCAACCUCCUCACCGGCGCCAUCCCGGCAGCCUAUGGCGAGUGCUCGCCGCUGCUCCGGUUCCGCGUCAGCAACAACCACCUCGAGGGCGAGGUGCCUCCGGGCAUCUUCGCGCUGCCGCACGCCUCCAUCGUGGACCUCUCCUACAACCACUUCACAGGCGCCGUGUCCCCGUCCAUCGCCGGCGCCAAGAACCUCACGUCGCUCUUCGCCUCUGACAACCGGCUCUCGGGCGUUCUACCUCCGGAGAUCGCGGACGCGGGGAGCCUCGUCAAGAUCGACCUGAGCAACAACCUCAUCGCCGGCCCGAUCCCGGCGGAGCUGGGCAAGAUGGUCAGACUGAACCUGCUGUCGCUGCAGGUGAACCGCUUCAACGGCACCAUCCCGGAGACUCUAGCCGACCUCCGGAGUCUCAACGUGCUCAACCUGUCGGAGAACGCGCUGUCGGGGCAGAUCCCCGAGGCUCUGUGCGCGCUGCUGCCCAACUCGCUGGACUUCGCCGGCAACAACCUGUCCGGGCCGGUGCCGCCGGCGAUCAUCAAGGAUGGGCUCCUGGAGAGCGUCGCCCGCAACCCGGGGCUGUGCGUGGCGUUCCGGCUCAACCCCAGGGACACGACGAUGCCGAUGUGCCACAAGGAGGCGGACAAGCGAGGGCUCGCCGGGAGCGCGUGGAUCAUCGGGGCGUGCGCGGUGGUGUGCGUGGUGGCAAUGCUGGCGCUUGCGCGGCGAUGGCUGAUGCGGCGGUGGGCGGCCCAGGACGGGGAUCAGGACGGGACGUCGUCGUCGUCGCCGGGGUCGAGGAGGGGCCACGGUGGGUCGUCGUACGAUGUCACGAGCUUCCACAAGCUGAGCUUCGACCAGCACGAGAUCUUGGAGGCCCUGAUCGAGAAGAACAUCGUGGGACACGGAGGAUCCGGCACGGUGUACAAGAUCGAGCUGAGCAGCGGCGAGCUGGUGGCGGUGAAGAAGCUCUGGGUGUCCUCCUCCAAACAGAACCAGAAGCACCGCGGCGGCUGGGGUGGCGGCGAGGAGGACGAGGGGCGCGAGCUGCGGACGGAGGUGGAGACGCUGGGCAGCAUCCGGCACAAGAACAUUGUGAAGCUCUACUGCUGCUACUCCGGCGCCGACAGCAACUUGCUCGUGUACGAGUACAUGCCCAACGGCAACCUGUGGGACGCGCUGCACGGUGGUGGCUGGGGCUUCCUGGACUGGCCAACGCGCCGCCGCGUGGCCAUCGGGGUCGCCCAGGGCCUGGCCUACCUCCACCACGACCUCCUAUUCGCCAUCGUCCACCGCGACGUCAAGUCCUCCAACAUCCUCCUGGACGCCGACUUCGAGCCCAAGGUGGCCGACUUCGGCAUCGCCAAGGUGAUCCAGGCCACCGCCUCCUCACGCGGCGACACCACGGCGUCCACUACCACCAUCGCCGGCACCUACGGGUACCUCGCGCCCGAGUACGCCUACUCCUCCAAGGCCACCACCAAGUGCGACGUGUACAGCUUCGGGGUGGUGCUCAUGGAGCUGGCCACGGGGAGGAAGCCCAUCGAGCCGGAGUUCGGCGAGACGAGGGACAUCGUGCAGUGGGUGACCGCCAAGGUGGCCGCCGCUGCCGAGGCGGAGGCGCUCGACAAGGGGCUCGCGUGGAGCCCAUUCAAGGAGGAGAUGGUGCAGGCACUGCGCGUCGCCGUCCGGUGCACCUGCAGCAUCCCCGGGCUACGACCCACCAUGGCCGACGUCGUGCAGAUGCUCGCAGAGUCCGGACCCACCGGCCGGACAGGCAAGACCGACGUGAAAGGCUACUCCGGCCAGCAGCAACCCAAACCUGUGGCCGUGUAAUUGAUCAACUAGCGUACGCGCGAUCGUACUGGUGCAAGCAAUCAAUUAACCAGGUACUACUACUAGUUAAAGUAUUAAGAGUGACUUAAGAAGAUGAUCAGUUCAUCUGGAGAGAUCCACUUAAGUAAUUAGGUUAAAAAUACUACCGUUGCUACUAUUAUAGUAGUACUAACUAGUAAUUAAGAUCAAGAAGAUGAUUAAAAACAUCUAUAGAGAU